GUCAACAUGGAGAAGACAGUUCAAAAAGCGACCGUCGACGUCAUCUGCCGCGCUGCCUUGGGCAUGAGGCUGCACAGUCAGACCAAGCCCAACGAGUUCGUGAAGAUACUCCAGGAUCAGGUCUGGUGGCUCACUUGUGAUUUCAGCGUGGCCAAUUUGCUCAAGGAGCAUUUCCCGCUGCGGCCCCUCAUAACCUGGAACAAUAACCGCAAGAUGAGAAAUUUCCUUGUUCCGCUGAUCGAGGAUGGUAUUGCCAAGUUCGACCAAGGUGAGGUCUCGCGGGUCAAGACCAUCAACGACCUUGCGAUCAAGGCCUACAGGACUGAGGUCCAAGAGCAGUCCUUUGCCGCAGGGAAACCGAAGGGGGUCGACCCUGGCUUCCUCGACGUUGCCGUGGCGCAGCUCAAGAUCUUCAUCUUUGCCGGCCACGACACCACAGCAUCUACCCUUUCCUUCGCGUACAGCCGGCUCUACAGCGACCCAGCCGCGCUGGAGAAGAUCCGCGCCGAGCACGACGAGGUCCUGGGUUUCGACCCAUCCCAGGCCUUCUCGCGUCUAAGCGAGAAUCCGAACCUCCUCAACUCCAUGCCAUACACGCAGGCCGUCGUCAAGGAGAUCCUGCGCCUGUACCCUCCGGCGGCCACCGCGCGCACAGGCGACCCCAACAUAACUCUGACGAACCCGGACACGGGCAAAGUGUACCCGACGGACGGCUUCCUCAUGCUGAGCGCCAGCACCGCAACGCAUCAGCACUCAGACUACUGGGCGCGGGCAGACGAGUUCCUCCCGGAGCGGUGGCUGGUGGGGGAGGGCAACCCGCUGCACCCGCGCAAGAACGCGUGGCGGCCGUUCGAGCUGGGCCCGCGCAACUGCAUCGGGCAGGAGCUGGCACAGCUCGAGCUGCGGGCCAUCCUGGCCAUGACACUGAGGGAUCUCGACCUCGAACCAGCGUACGCAGCGGAUGCACCUGAGGCUUUUGGCGAGAAGGCGUAUCCGGUGAUGGGCGUGGGCGAUAUCACGGGCCACAUCAAGGACGGAUUUCCCGUGCGGGUGCAUCUGAGGAAGGGUGGUAAGUCGACGUGAGCAUGAUUAGAGGAAGUUUGGACUGUGGCAUCGAUCGUCCUCGUGGAAAGCAGGAUGGAAAGGAGGAGGAACCACAUUGGGUCUUAGGUACUUACUUAAUGAAGCCGCAUGUUUCCGAG